UUUUUUUUUUUUUCACUGCCUUCACAUGUCAUCUAUUACUAUAAACAUUAAUGAUUUCUCUAAACCUAAUUUCAAUGCAAAACAGUGGAUUAAUUCAACCUUAAAACCUUCAUCAACAGAGAAUUCAACAACCGAAAUAGAUAAUGAAGACGAUGGAGGAGGAGGAGGAAGAGCCAAAGAUACUACGAUACUUGUGACAAAACUUGAAAUUGAAAGUGAAUCAACAUUACAACGCUUUGAUGAACUCUCCAAGACUCUUUUAAAAUCAAUGCCACAUCUAUUGUAUGACCUUAAAGUAUUAGCUGAUCAAGUCAGGGGGACUCAAGAAGAAAUGGAAUCGAUUAGAAAAAAAUUUGGAUUAUUCAAGGAUGAAGACACGAUGCUUGAGGAGCGCUUACGUCGACCUCAUCUAGCAAAGACGCGGAUGGAGGAAUGUCGACAGCUGUUACUGGAGGAGUCUAAUCAUUUAGAGAAGAUAAAAGAAGAACAAGAAAGUCGAAAAAGGGAGACAUUGAGGAAAGAAGAAGAAGAAAAAGAAGCAAAGGUAGAAGAACAAGAAAAGGCGAUAGCUGAAGAAAAGCAGAUACAAGAACAAAAGGAAGAAAAAGUGGAAGAGAUAAUAAGACAAGAGGAAGAAGAAAAGAAUGAAGAGUUAUCUGAAGAACAAAAGAUGAUGAAUGAAGCAUUAGAAUAUGGACAUGUCAUGUUACCACCCUUAAGACAGUCAAUACCAAAACCAAGCAGUAUACAACAAAUCCAAAACCAAGCAACAACAUCAGAGCAUAAUGAGAAUAAUAAUAGUUAUUUACAACAAAUUUCUGUAUCUGUGACGCCUCAAGUCAGUAACGUAUUUAAACGAAUUGGCGUGCCUUUGGACAAAUUUUGGCAGUCCUGAUGUAAUAGAUUUUGACACUGGAGUUUUUUUUUCUUUUUAGCAUUCUUAUCUAAUAAACGUAUUUAUUAUAAGACUAGACACGAUUAUUAUAGAAGGAAUAAUGGAAACGGAAAUUAGAAAUGACACUGCGGAAUGUAACUUAAAGUUAGAUCAAAUAAGUACAAUAUCCUUAAAAUAUAUCGUUGUAUAUUUUACAUAUUUUAAUAAUCGUUGUUAAACUUUAAAGUCUAUUUCAUCUUAAAUAUGUUAACGUUCUUAAUAAAAUAUGAAAAAAGACUGUUAAUGUUAAAUUUCAAAGAA